AUGAGUUCACCGGGUAAUCAACAGUUAUCGGUCGACGUUAGUGAACUGAUAAAAGCUAUGCUCGAACAAAACCGAUUACGUGAAGAACAAAUGCGGAACUUAGUGGACAAGUUGAUGGAACAGAAUCAGAACUGCCUAACAACUACGUCGUUCGUACCGAAUUACUUACAACUCAUACAGAAUUUUGAUGGAGAAACUGGUGACACUGGUGUAGCAGAUAAAUGGUUAAGUGCAUUAUGUACGGCUGCUAAACUCAAUAACUAG